UUUAUACUUGUUUACGUUUGGACAAUCAUAAUGUAAGUAGGUAGUAAUAUUACUACCUAAACGAAAACUUAUUGUACUAAAACGUUUAGAGAACAGAUAGUAAUGAUCUGUACACACUAGGCACUGUAGACAAUGAAGAUUAUGUAACUUUGUUUGUUUCGAUUCUUAUCGAACUUUGCGACUGCGUUGUUUGUGUCUCUGUAGAGUGAUAGUGAAAUAUACGUGUUUUAUCAACUUAUUAUUUGUUGUGUACACUCUGUUCAACCAUACAAAACGAGUAACUGCUUUCAUAUAUAGUGUCUCGUUACUGCAGUAUCUGUGUUCUCAUUAUUAUUUGAUUGUAAUACAUUUACAAUGACUUCUUUAGUGCAAACAGUAUUAGGAGAUGUCAGUCCAGAAGAACUUGGAAGGACGCUAACACACGAACAUUUAUCUAUGGCUUUUGAACAUUUCUACCGGAGACCGCCAUCGCAACUAGCAUCCAGAGUGAAAUUCGAAGAAGUCACAUUAAAAACAGUGGGUUAUUUGAGGCAAUACCCUUACAGCUCGAAAUUUAAUCUUGUAAUGAAUGACGAACGGGCGCAAGACGCUGUAUUGAAUGACGUCAAAAUAUUUAAAGAAUGUGGAGGUGGUACUAUAGUCGAAAAUUCAACCGAGGGCCUGGAUCGAGACCUGGGAUAUUGCAAGCGUGUAUCGCAGAUUUCAGGGGUCCAUGUUGUAGCUGGAACUGGAUACUAUAUUACAGAUACACAACCGGCUAAUCACCUUCACCACAGGCAAGAGGAUAUGUAUAAUCAUAUGUUAACCCAGUUAACUAUAGGGCAAGAGGUUUCGGGCAGCGCUAUUAAAGCUGGUUUUAUGGGAGAGAUCGCUAGCGUUUGGCCUUUGAGAGAUUUUGAGAUCAAAGCCAUCAAGGCAGCUGGGGAACUCCAAGAAAAUUUCGGAUGUGGAGUCAGCUUCCAUCCACAUCGCGUCACCGAAGCACCAUUCGAGAUCAUUCGGCUUUACUUGGAAGCUGGGGGCGCAGCGGACAAAGCAGUCAUGUCGCAUCUCGACCGCACACUUUUGGAAAAUGAAAAACUUUUAGAGUUCUCCGAACUAGGCACGUACUGCCAGUUUGAUCUGUUCGGUAUUGAAGUGUCGUACUAUCAGCUUAAUGUGGAUACGGACAUGCCUUCUGAUGCGCAGAGAAUCGAUAAGAUACGUCUUUUAGUUGAUGAAGGGAAAGAAGACAAAGUCCUUAUGUCUCACGACAUUCACACGAAGCACAGACUAAUUGAUUUCGGUGGGCACGGUUACUCGCACAUCAUCAACAAUGUUUUACCAAAAAUGAAGUCUAAAGGUAUCUCUCCGGCGACUAUAGAUAAAAUAACUAUCGAGAACCCAGCAAAAUGGCUCAGUAUUAAUGUUUAAGUGUAGGAUGAACACCAUAUAGUAGCAUUUAGCGAUGUGCCGUGCGAUGUUAUUCCAUAAUCUACAUAAAAUAAAAAACAUUCAAUAGGUACUUUUUUGGAAAUCAUUGUAACCAAAUAAAAAUACUUUAUUUAUCAAUCGAUUGGUUUCAAUAAAAAAGUCCGUUUAAUUUGCCUUUAACAGCAGAAUUUAACAUGAGUAAAGGAAUAACAUAACAAAGUAAAUGGCUGAUAGUGAGCUGCCACUUUUAAAGACAUUUUUUUUGACAGCUUGACCCCUUUGCCAAACCAUUACUCUGAGCAUAAUAAGGGCUACUUGCAUUAUGUAUAAAAUUAAAAUUAUGUGUAAAUUGUUUCAAUUUACUACUGAACUGUGUGCCAUUGUUUCUUCUUACAACCUCCGGUAUUCCAAAUCUACCAAAUGUCUCUUUACAAUGUUUAAUUAUGGUUAUUUCGGAUGUCUUUUCAUUAAAAUAUAUCCAAGUAUCUAGAAAAAAGUCAAUCACCAUGUACCAAGUGUUAUCAUUUUCAAAUAAAUUAAUCCCAAGCUUUUGCCAAGGUCUUUGUGGCAGG